GGAGAGAGAGAGAGCGAGAGAGGCAGGAAGCUGCCUGCAGCCAGGGAGUGGCUGUUGGUAUAAAAGGCGUUGUGUCUUCCUCCUUUCUGCGUUUGACUUCCCACUCCAUCCGUCUGUUUGUCUCUCACUCUUCUCAUCCCUGAGAGUCUAUCUGCACAGAACGAGAUGUCUUGGCAGAGUUACAUCGAUAAUCUGGUGAAAACUGGUGACAUCGAUGAAGCUGCCAUCGUUGGGUAUCAGUGCAAUGCAGAAGGUAUAUGGGCAGCCACGGAAGGCUACAAAAACAUUACGGUAGACGAGAUCAAACGACUUGCAGGUACCCGCACCGACUUUGGUGCAUCUGGUCCUUGCGUCGGUGGGAUGAAGUGUCGUAUGCUUAGGGACAAUCUUGAUGAUGAAGGUUUACAUAGCAUGCAGCUGAAGACGGUUGCAGACGGCAGUGGAAAUGCAUACAUGGUUUGCAUUGGCAAGACAUGUAAAUCUUUUGUCAUUGCCAAAGGAAAAAAAGACGCACAAGGUGGAAAUGUAAAUCAAGCAGUGUGCUCUAUUGUUGAAUAUCUGAGGAAAAACAACUCUUAACACAAGACGACUGGCACCUGAAAAACCAAAAUGUCUCCAAGCUCUUCUCCGUGUGUACCCCUAGCCGAGUGAUUUUCUAAAAUUAUGAAAACGUUGUGUACACACCUCAAGCCUAUCAAGUGUUUGUAUAUUUCACUGUAUGGAUUUGGACUCAGCAUCUAAUCACAGUAAAGGAAAAAUAAAUAUCAAUCUUUUAACAACAGCA